UCUUACUUGAUAUAUAUAUAUAUCUAUAUAUAUAAUCACAUUGACACAGUGGCUUUCUAUGAUAAUUGAAACUGAUAAGAUUGUGUUCAAAACUUCUUAAUAAGUCGGAAGGAAAUACGGGUUAAGUGAUAAACUUGUUGUGAACUGAUUUUUUUUGGGGUUAGAUUAAAGAGAUUUAAAUGCAAAUGGGUUGUUACCGGUGAGAGAAAUUAUAAAUUUGGACUAAAUAAGAAGUGGUUUAAAUCCUUCUGUUUCUUACACGGGAAGUGAUUACCUGUUGUCAAGAUGGAUCCAAAACUGUUCGAAAACGGAGAUGUAUAAGAAAGUAAUCAAUAGUGACUGUAUAGAAGUAACUUGUGCUAAAGAUAAUAAUUGACGUAUUAAGGAAGGGGAAGAAAAGAAGUUUUGUUUAAAUGUUAAAUGCAAACAUAAUAGUUGAUCCAAGAAUGGCAGGCUUAUUACGAUGUAAUAACUGUUCCAUGAACUUUAAUUCUCAACAUUUACUGACAAAACACAAGUUGAAAUUUUGUGUCGGUAGCACCGGUGACCCCGAUGAUCUUCAGCUGAAGAGGGGAUUCAGAUCAACAUCACCCCGUGUAAUAGUUUCACCAGAAGAUCGGCCUCUAACAGACUCGGCACUAUUGUUAAAUAAAAAGUUGUAUCAGCUACGCAAACUAAAAGAUCAGCGCUCAAGAAGUCGUGACCUUCAUGACCUCGAGGAGCGAAUGCUUCUUGAUCAACUCAAUGACGGCGAGGGCAGUAAGUCACCGAUGAAACAGAGGAAUAGAAUGCCGCUGUCCAAACAUCGGGACGUCAGAGACCUUCAGCUAGAGGUUGGUUGCUAG